GGGUCCGUCAGUCUGCCCUCAUCUAAACAAUUUUCAAAGACUUUACCUGCUACUGCCACAACCUUCCCACCAAAGCGGUUUCUGAUCUCCCCCACUGAAAGUCCUGGCACUCUAAGACUUCGAAACCCGUCGAUUGGAGACUACGAGCAUCCCACGAUCAAUUGCAGCCCCUCCGGCACGACUGCCUCGUCCCCAGGCAACGUCCUCCCGAGGCUCGUCCUGCCCCAGCAGCACAAUCGACGACACGAUGGCCUCCAACGGUUUUCAGAUACCCGGCCUGUCGACGCUCUCAGGCUCGGCAGCCACAGCGCCUGCGACGACGACGGCGCCGCCCACAGCGGCACCACCCGUUAGCGACACCAUCACAGCCACUGAGGAUGCCUCGACUCUGAGCAGCGUCGCUGCUCAAUCCGCCAACGAGCAGACCUCGGACGAAAUGGCUGUCGACCCUACACCUGCACCAAAUGCCACAGUCAGCGGUCCAGAACCAGCCGCCGACGCUGCGCCUAGCCCGCCGUCUCUUACUGAGGGUCUCGAGGCGCUACUGGGUGGAAUCGACCCCGAACCUCAAGAUGGUGCCGACACCGCCAUGACGGAUGGCCAGGACCCGGCGGCAGCGGGCACUGAAGCGCAAGGCGAGGGAGAAGAAGAAGGAGAGCACCCAGAGUGGGAAGAAGACUCCUCCCCCUACGAGUCAUCAUCGUCCGACUCGAGCGACUCGGACUCGGAUGACGACUCGGACGAAGACGGCGAGGGCAACCCCAUCCUCGGCCCAGAGGAGACCGCGCGCAUACUGAUGGAGAUGGAGGGCGGCUCGGACGACGAGGGGGGCAAGGGCAAAGGCGGCAGCGCCGCGCAGCUGCGCACCAAGAACGAGCUCGCCGAGGAGAUGAUACCGAAGCCGGACCUCGUCAUCACCGAGGACAUGCGGAUCGCCGAGCUGGGCGAGAUUGAGCACGUCAUCGAGAACACGAUAGUCAUCAAGGCCAACACCACGGGCGAGGUGCAGGUCCUCGAGCCGGGCUUCCCCAUCUGUAUUGCGGACCGCACCGUGAUCGCCGCCAUUGCAGAUGUCAUCGGCAGUGUCAGGCAGCCUCGGUAUACCGCCAUGUUCGCGACAGACGAUGAGGUGAAGACUUUGGGCCUGGAAGUCGGCACAAAGAUCUUCUACCCACCCACCCACGCAGUCUCGGUCUUUACACAACCGCUUCGCACAGAGAAGGGCACGGAUGCCAGCAACUGGCACGACGAAGAGGCAGGAAUGGACGAAAUCGAGUUCUCUGACGACGAGAAGGAGGCCGAGUACAAGCGGCAGCUCAAGGCAAAGAAGAAGGCUGGACGUGGUGGAAGCAAUGCCGCACAAGGGUCACGGCAGGAUGGGGCUUCCGCAUCUGCUGGCGCAGCCAGUGGUGGUGGUCUGAACUACGAUGACAAUGACGAGGACGGGCCAUACCGAAAGCUUACGAGACCAUCAACUUUCGGGCAAGGUGGUUCUGGAAGUCUUGACGAAGUGAACACUGCCGGCAGCGCAUUUCCCCGCGGCGGCCACCGUGGUGGGCGUGGAGAUUCGCGAGGGAGAGGUGGCCGUGGUCGGGGAGGUGAUAGAGGCGGGCGAGGAGGUCGUGGCGGCCAAGCUGGAGGAAGCGGUCACUCGCUCCCUCCGAGGCCACCUCCAGCUCAAAGUUUUGGCAACAAUGCCCAGCAGCAGCAGCAGCCACAACAACAACCAUUCAACUUCAUCCCGCCCUCGCCAUUCGGAAACCAGGUCUUCCCUCCACCACCGCCUCCGCCACAGUUCCAAGCGGGACAGCAACAGCAGCAGCCCGUCAUGCCGCCUUUCCCCUUCCCAGCGUGGCCGCAGGCAGGUACACAGAGCUUCGUACCGCCGCCACCGCCACCGCCGGGGCAGUUUGCGGGUCAAUCGGGCGCUGCCGCUUCUGGGGCAUACUACAAUCCGGCGUUUCUGGCGGCACUGCAGGUUCAGCUGCAGCAGAAGCAGCAACAGGAGCAGCAGGGACAGUCGCACCACCAGAACCCUUCACAUCCGCAGUGGCCUGGGCAGGGCCACCCGGGGUAGACUCAGGAACAAGUCUAGUUCAAGAUAGCGAUUGGAUUUCAAAGACAAAUGCUCAAUGCCACCGUGUUUGGUGGACAGCGAGAUAUCCCAAUAUUUC